AUGGCUUCCAAAUUCUUUCCCUGGACCAAAGGCGACCGCCGUAACGACCAUGCUUAUCGCGUCGACGGCUUGAUAUCUGUCGACCAAUACCCUGUCGACCGGUGGGACUCGCCCUCAGACUUGGCUGCCUCCAAGAAACGGAAGAAAAGGCAACGGCCAAAGCCUCUUCAACUGCCCUCGACCGCCUCGCGCGCCAUCAUUGAUGCCUCCUCUACCGCUACCGCUCCCGUUUCUAAUAUCCUCGCUGCCGCGAAUGACAUGCUCCGCUCUCCUGUCUUCGACGACGCUUUCUCUCUCCCGCAGCCCAACCCAGCGAGACCACGUUCGCGUACUGCGCCUCCCACUCCGACGAUUGCCGAGUUGCCCGGCUCAAUUCUAUUGGAGAACCAAGGCUUUCCCGGCCUGACCAAAAAUGCGGAGGCUGGUCAGGAAAAUGAUCCCUCAACCAAAAGGCAAACGUUGGCCUCGCCUCUCCAAAUGUCGGCCCCUGCUGCGCGGAUAAUGCAGCACAAGAAAAGCUUAAGUUUGAAUACUGCCACGUCAAGAUGGGGCUCGACUACUGCUGCAGGCUCAAGCAGAGCGUCAGGUCUAUUCCACCAGACAAGCGUCGAGUCUGGAUCCAGCGCCUCGCAAGAGAAGCGAAGUGACAAUAGCUCUCUGCUGCGCACUCCUAUUACCGAAGUCACAGAGUCCUCCGGUACAUGCAAUUUCGCUGGCUCUGAGAGUAGCAACGUUUCCGCGAAGCCAAUGCGGCAAACACAAGUUUCAGAUUCCGAACAGCUCAACGCUAUUGUUGCUGCCCAGAACAGGCAGAUUGCCCUCCUCAAAUCUCAAUUCCAGCACCUGCGCAUCUCCCAUGAGGCCCAUGCGUCCACUUUGGCCGAAGCUCACCGCAAGGAGCUGGAGGCGAUGAAAGCCUAUGUGCACUAUCUUGAAGAAUCGAGAGAUAGCAAGUCGCCACGUCCGCACCUUACCAUCCCUACAAGAGACCUUCGAGGCACCAGUCCCGAGGCAUCACCACCUACUGAGGAAGGCAAACCGCCAUCAAUCUCGGAUACUGAAGCGACGCAAACAAAACCGGAUGACUCAAACACCAUGGAACAAGUCAACGAGGCCUCGAUAUCCGCGGCCGAAACGCAGGAAAGGGUCAAUGAGUUGAACAGGAAGCUCGAUCUGGCAACCAAACACAUUGCAGCCAUGAAGGAUCAGAUGGAGAUGCUGGUGGCCCGGAAGGACGCCUACAAGGACCGUGCUGCUGAUCUCGAGGUGAGGGUCCAGAACAACCACGAGUUGCUGGUCGACCUCCGUGAGUCAGAAUACAAGCUGGAGCUGGAGAGACGUCUCAUGCACGAAAAGUACAGAGAGCUCAAAGGAGAGCUGGAUUCUCUACGGGCUCAGCCUGAGCAGAUCCGUAUCAGCAAUCUAGAGAAAAGUCUCGCUGAAGAAAAACUGCGCGCUGAACUUUUCGCGACGCAGCUGGAAACGAUGCAGCUGCGAACGCCCAUGCCUGACACGGUUGCCGAACUUGGAAAAACGAUUGACGAUCUAAAGGAACUACUGAAGGAAAAGGACGAACAGCUGUACGAACUGCAGCAUGUCAAUCAAGCACUCAAGCUCGAUCUUGAAGAGAUGAAUACCCAACAAACCAGAGUGGCCGCACAGCACGAGGAGGCUCUUGCAUCGGAGGCUCUGAAGCGCAAGGCGGUCAGGGACAAGGUCAAGCAACUAGACCACGAGAACACGGAGCUAAAAGAAAUCGUCGAAGCUCAAGGAGAGGAUUUGGUCGUUGUUCAAGACGAAUAUGAGCGCCUCAGGAAACUGUUGCACUCCGAGGUGAGGAGACAGGCGCGAGAAGCCAUCUCCAAGAGCAUGAUCCCUGGAACGCCUUCCAGCGCUGAUGGCUAUCUGGAGCUUGUGGCGGCGGAGACACGAAAACGUGUUCGGAAUCUAAUUGCCAAGGAGGGCGAAGAGUCUCCAUUGACCGAUCCUCAAGAGCGUAUCGAGGAACUGGAGCGGGAGAUUCAGCAUCACGUCAAGGAACUUAUCCGCUGCAAGAGGGACAACAGAGGAUACAGGAAAGACAUCAAGCGCGCAAACACGAAGCUCGACAAGAUGCGUAACAGCAUAUGCAACGACAACACUGCGACAAACCAUCUGCAGAGGCAUCUGUUUAUGCAACGUCCCAUCACACCCACGACAGAAUACUCACCAACCAACGAGAAGCCAGACAUGGACGGUCUGGGUAUCUCGAGUGACUUACCAUCACCUACAACCUCAGUCCCGCUCUCUCAAGCAAAUACGACAGUCAGCGGCAACAUCUCAGAAGCAUCGACCCUCCUCCCGCAGUCCCACUCCACAGCACCCACCCGCUCCCGCUCCAACACAAACAAAAAACUCCCACCCUAUCCAUCUCUCCCGGAACAGAUCCCAGAGAACGCCUCCAACCCAUCCGCCGGCAACCCCCCACCCCCGCCUUCAUCAUCAUACUCCCAGGACCCGCCACCAUCAUUAUUGUCCUCAAGACCGAGAACACCGCGGACGCCCACGACGUACAAGCUCACCCCGACCAUCACCGAGCGCACGCCUUCCGUCUCGUCCAUCCGGCCCAACCCCUCGGGCUCGCCCGCCAUGCUCCGCCGCCCCGCCGCGCAACGCUACUACUCGUCCGAAAACAACAACAACAACCAAACCGAAGCUGUGCCCGCGCCCCGCCGCACCGGCACCCAGCGCUCCCUCCCCGAAAACACCGCCGGCGCCGGCGCCAGGCCCGAGGAACCGCCUCGCCCCAAAACCUCCGGGUCGACCAGCAAGGACGCCCGCCGCCGGAAAAAGCAGCAAGACGCAGCAGCAGCGAGCGAAACCAAAGACAACAACAACGCCGCUGAUGACGACGACCCCAACGCCAUCACGGCCCUCCCGCAGCGCCCGCCUAGCGGCUGGCGCGCCGAGCGCAAGUCGCAGGAGGAGAAGCUGGGCCUCCUACGCAUGCGCAGCGUCAUCAAUGGUAACAUCAUCGUCAACGGCGUUGGUGUCGAGGGUAUCGUUGGGUCGGCGCUCUUGCGGAGGGCGACGACGAGUAGUUCUGGUAGUGGUGGUGGCAGCAGCAAGGGGGGCAGCAGCAGCAGCGGCAGGAAGAAGAGCGGGAGUGCGAGCGGUGCGGGGUUGGGCGCCCAAGGCGUCGUGAGUCGGUUUAAUACGUCGUCGACUUCGAGGAAGAGGGCGGGGACGACGGGCGGGAUCAUGGGGCUGGGGGUAAAGGAGGGUGAGGAUGAGAGGGGCAGUUGGAAGGGGGAGGUCGUGGUGCCGGUUGUGUUGGAGGGUGCGGCGGGGAGGAAGGGGUGA